UCUGUCCAGGUGUCCACAUCCUGAUUGCAGUGGGCGCAGUGAUGAUGGUGGUCGGCUUCCUUGGUUGCUAUGGCGCCAUCCAGGAGUCCCAGUGUCUGCUGGGAACGUUCUUCGCCUGCCUCAUCAUCCUGUUCGCCUGUGAAGUUGCAGCUGGAAUCUGGGGCUUCAUGAACAAAGACACUGUUGCCACGGAGAUGAUCAGCUUCUACGACUCUGCGUAUGACAAGGCCAUAUCCUUCCCAGCGUUACCAGGAACAGAAAAGGACAACAAGGAGAAGGACGCCGUCACCGCUGUGCUCCGGGUCUUCCACGAGACGGUAAGAACAAAACGAAAUGACUCGAAGAUAACUCAUUCAUUUUGA